CAUUUUUGGCUACAUACUAGAGGUUUUUCACAAAGAUUUUAUGCUCAUUUUAUAGAGAAUUUUCAGCUCUACAACAUAGAGAAAUUUAUUUUGUAUGACCAUUUAAAGCAAAUCUUUCUGAGUACUUCAUGUAGAAAAAUCAUGCUUUUUAAAUGACGGCUUUUAAGGGUAGUGAGAUAAAGUAUUCUGCAUUUUUAGGCAUGUGUUGCAAUGUUUUUUUCAAAUUUUGUAUGCUCAUUUUAUAGAGAAUUUUCAGCUCUACAAAAGGACAAAACUUAUUUUCUGGCCCCAUCCAAAAGAAAACCGUUAUGAUAAAUUUUAUGUGAAAAAGCCAUGUUCUUUAAAUAAGGACUUUUGAGAGUAAUUUGGACAUAUUGCUUCAACGUUGCAUCGAUAAAUCUGCUCUAAUAUAUCAUUUUGUUCAGUUUUUAAUUCUCUUUCGAAUGAACUAUUGCUCAAAAAGAUUAGACAUGUCGUGUUUGAGUUAUAGUUAAAAUACUGAAAAGUUGUAAGAGACAUAGGUGUGUUCGAAAAAUGUUCGGGGUCCUUCGAAAAAAACGUCAUAAUUUCUCAGUCGAAAGACAUCGAAAGCUCAAAAUUUGGAUUUACGCGUUAUUCGGUAUGGGGAAUCGAAUGAGAACACUUUUAGAGAGAAAAAAAAUUCAACUUGUUAUGACUAUUCUCGAUGACCAAAUGGACUAUCUCUUAAAUAGUCAACAUGAUUUAUAUCACUAAUGUUUUUUUCUGUUUUUAUAGAACACAUUUUUGUCGAAUAAUUGACAUUGAAAGACUGUCACUUUUUAAGCAGAUAAUAAGUGAGCUUAUUUCUUAUCAGUUUGAUUGUGCACUAUAACGUACGAAAGGUUGCCGAAAAUCUAGCAAUGUUUGCACGCAUACAGAAAACGUUAUCUAGGAUCAUGACGGAUCAAGCAGGUGCUAACAUAAUUUAUUUAUUUACUUGAAGCACCAUAUUUGCUCUUUUAGUUAUUAGAACCCAUUGAACAGCAUCGAUCCCAGCAUCCGCGAACAUCAACUGACGAUAAUGAAUCAACGCUCAAACCAAAGGAAACAAAAACUGGAAAAGUUGACGACAAGUUGCAACACUUAUAUACAACGCUUGAAGAACUGGAAAAUGAACAAGCUGAACUAAAACAUAAAUUAGGAUCGUCGAAUUUGUUAUCAGAAGAAAAUAAAAGAUUUAAAGAAGAGAAUAAAAUGAUUCGUCAUGAAAUGUCAAAUGUGAAAAUGACUCGUCUACCUGAGCCGACGUCACCAGUUUAUGAAUGGAUUCAUGGUGUUCUUGAUCAUGUAAAGACGGUUGAAGAUUUGAAAAAAACUGAACUAGAUGUAGCUAGUGUCAUGCUUCCAUCGACAGCUCAACAAGUGAAACAAUGUUUACAAAAUGAUGAUUGGAAAAAAACCGCUCGCAAUUUAAUUAAAGCAUGUUAUCCAGAUGAAAAGUUUAAAAAUUUCACUGAAUUUGAAGCACAACAUCGAACCGAAGCAACGGGGAUCCUAAGUGAGCAUCCAUUCCUCUUCAUUAAACGGUUGAACAGAUAUGUUUUUAUUUUAGAAUUUUUGCAAGCUGCUUUUCCAUUUGAAGGUUCAACCGUAACUUAUACUGGAUUGGCUGUGGCAAUAAGUGAUAUGUGUCGAAAACGAUUAUACAAUGAUCAUAAGAGGAAUGGAACACUGCAAGCACAAACAACGGUGCAAGAACAACUAGGAUUAUCAACUUUAUCUACGAACGAAAUAGUAGAUUAA